UCUUACAUUUUGGAGGCAGCGCUGGGAUGCCCGGGUGUGCUUCACUGCAGUCAGCUCCUCGGAGCGUUUGGUAAGCCCUUCGGUCUUACACUUACCGCUCUCUCUUUCGACUCAUCUCUAUGGUUUCCGUUGGGGUUUCGCCCGGAAUGGGCGGGGCUUCUGUUUCCGGUGGGAUUGUCCCUAGCGGAAGAGAUGGCGGCUGCGGCCCCUGGCCCUGGAGAGCCUCGGGAAGAUGCUGAAGCGCUGGGCCCCGCCUGGGAUGAAUCCCAGCUGCGCAGUUAUAGCUUCCAGACACGCCCCAUUCCGCGUCUGAGCCAGAGCGACCCUCGGGCGGAGGAGCUCAUCGAGAACGAGGAGCCUGUGGUGCUAACCGACACAAAUCUUGUGUACCCUGCCCUAAAAUGGGACCUUGAAUACCUGCAAGAGAAUAUUGGGAACGGAGACUUCUCUGUGUACAGUGCCGGCACCCACAAGUUUUUGUACUAUGAUGAGAAGAAAAUGGCUAAUUUCCAGAACUUUAAGCCCAGGUCCAACAGGGAGGAAAUGAAAUUUCAUGAGUUUGUCGAGAAACUGCAGGAUAUACAGCAGCGAGGAGGGGAAGAGAGGUUGUAUCUACAGCAAACUCUCAAUGAUACCGUGGGCAGGAAAAUUGUCAUGGACUUCUUGGGUUUUAAUUGGAACUGGAUUAAUAAGCAACAGGGAAAGCGUGGCUGGGGACAACUGACCUCUAAUCUGCUGCUCAUUGGCAUGGAAGGAAAUGUGACACCCGCUCACUAUGAUGAACAACAGAACUUCUUUGCUCAGAUAAAAGGCCAUAAGCGAUGCAUCUUAUUCCCACCGGAUCAGUUUGAGUGCCUCUACCCAUAUCCUGUCCAUCACCCAUGUGACAGACAGAGCCAGGUGGACUUUGACAAUCCUGACUAUGAGAGAUUCCCCAAUUUCCAAAACGUGGUUGGUUAUGAAACAGUGGUUGGCCCUGGUGAUGUUCUUUACAUCCCAAUGUACUGGUGGCAUCACAUAGAGUCUUUGCUAAAUGGGGGGAUCACCAUCACUGUGAACUUCUGGUAUAAGGGGGCUCCCACCCCUAAGAGAAUUGAAUAUCCUCUCAAAGCUCAUCAGAAAGUGGCCAUUAUGAGAAAUAUUGAGAAGAUGCUUGGAGAGGCCUUAGGGAACCCACAAGAGGUGGGGCCCUUGUUGAACACAAUGAUCAAGGGCCGAUACAACUAGCCUGCCAGGGGUCAAAGCCACCUGCUGUCCCGUCCACACGACUUCGUUGAUGAGGACAGGAGACUCCAAGCACUAGUACUGCACGCUGCACUUAAUGGACUGGACUCUUGCCAAGGCCCUGAGGCAGGUGUUUGGGGCAAGGCAGAGUGGUUACACUCUGCUGCCAUUCAGAGGGACUUCUCAUCCUUGCCUCUUGUGCCCCAGCACCUUCCCUCUCUGCCCUCUGAAGUCCUGCAUUCAGUGUGUGGAGUCCCAGCUUCUGAUUGUCAUCAUGUCCGUGUGUGUUAGUCUUGUCAACCUUGGGAUGUGUGUGCAUGCACACACGUGUAUCUAUCUGUUCCUUGUUCUCUCCUGGAUCAGGGAAUCACUUCUGGCUGUUUGUCCUGUCUCCUGCAACCUCGGUGCCUCAGCCUGAGAGAGCGGAGAUGUUCUUGGACCCCCCACUACAUCUGGGCUGCAGGGCCACAGCAAAAGUCUAACCAUUAGGUCAGUGUGCCCUCCGCCAUUUUCCGAAGAGCCAGGCUGCAGGCCAGGUGGAAAUGGCUCCUGGGACCCUAAUGGCCAGAUUGCAGGGCCUUGCCAUUGAGAGCCGAGAUGGCUUCCAGUGAGAGAGGAUCAGAUAGGGUUCCGUCUGGGACCUACAAGCUCAAGCCAUCCAUAGAAAGGAACCUUGGAGCGAACGAACCAAGGAGUGGCAUACAUUCCAGAUUACAGAAACACAGCUUUUCUCUUUCAGUAGCAGCUCUUGCCCGUGUACUAGGUAUCAAGGGAGUUCUCCUAGCUGUGGCUCCCGGGGCUCGGAGUGCAAGCCUCUGUGCCAGCGUGCACUUGUAUGUGUGUGUCCACACCGGCCAGCCUCCCUGCUUACCAGGAUUCUCCACUGCUUGCCUUGUCUACUGUGACAGUGUAGUGUGAGCCCCUGGAGGUACUGGCUGACUUAUCCUACAGCUUUUUAACUCAGAUUUUAGUCGUCAUAUGUUGGUCAGGUCUCAGUGCAGCCUGCCUAAGGCUGUCUGGCUAGAGCCUCCAGGCCCUAUGCCCUCCUGUCUGGGCCACGUCCUCUACUCCUGCUGAGCUUGUUGGCUGAGUAGAUGAAAUGGGGUCAGGCUUAGGCAGCUAACACUACUUUGCAUCCACCUCAGGGCAAGGGCAAAGGUGUAGCCCUGCCUCUUAAAGCCAGCGCCUCUGCCAGAAGCCACGCGCCACCCUUGAGGGCAGCUGGUAGGACAUGAAAGUAGAAUUUUCUCUUCUGUUAGUAACUGCUGAUGGGAACCCCUCAGGGCUCAGCUUAGAGCUGAGCAGGUGGCUUUUGCACAGCACAAAGAGACAUCUUUCACAUCUAGUCGGUAGGAGUGGGCCUUUGGAGUUGGGCAGAGCGGUGGCCAUGAAUCUACUCACUUCCAGUCCCGCCAUCAUCCUUUUCUCUGGAAGGGAAGAGGAAGUUGGAAAUCUCUGGUUUUAUUUUCAUCCACUUUUCUUUUUUUUUUUGCCAAAGGUUUACUUCUAAUGUCUGAGCUAUUGCUCUCACUCCUAAAGUUCAGUUUACAGUGCCCUGGUGGACUGAGAUCUGUAUGUAUAUGUGUAUGCACCUAUGUAUGUGUUUUGGGGAGGGGGGUUUGUUUAAUGCCCCCUUCUGGGGUUCUCUGGUGCAGUGUGGGUGUGCAGACAUGGCACCUUCUCAAGCAUGGCUCUUGCAAAUACAGCCAGUGCUGAGAAAUGUGAUUGCAGUGAACUCCAUGCCUCCAUCUCUUUUGGAAAAGAGAAGCACAGCAAAGAGAACAAGGCAGAUGGAGGAUGAACUUGGCCACAGUGACCCUUGGAGAGAGCAGAUACUUUCAUUCUCAGCGUGUCGUCUGUGCUCCUGGCUCCACCCUCCAAGGUGCGGGUGUUUGGCAGCAAGGAGUUGGGUGCCACUGGUUGAUCCUUCCAGGGUGCUGUGGCUCAGGGGAGGCAGGGGGGAGGCUAACCGGGACCGCCUCAGAACUGGCCCUGACCCUAGAGUUUUAGGUGCCUGCAAAGUAGGUAUUGUGAAUUUACAGAGGAAGACGCAUGCUCACAGAGAUUAAGUGAUUAGUCAAGAUUCAAAUCUAGCGCUGUUUGGCUGCAAACCCCCCACUUCUGCCUUUCAACCAAACUGUUGGUUCUCCUACUUCCCUCCCUCAUACCACAGGUCCUCUCCUUGGCACAGUGUCUGCAGGGAGUCAGCCCAGGAGGAUGCGGAAGGCCUAGCUUCAGUUUACAGCCCUGGGCUCUAGCUAAAGACAUGUGGGAAGCUGUAUUAGGAGUUAAGAGUGCUGGGGGAGGCUGGGGGACUGAACUCUAGAUCCUGUCACAUGACUGUGUGCCCUUUAAUAGGUCUCAUAGUUCUCCCAGCAUUCUUGUUCAUCAUAAAAUUGAAGCUUUAGUUCUAGAUGAGUGCUGAGAGGCUUUUUUGUUUUUGUUUGUUUGAGACAGAGUCUCACUUCGAAGCCCAGGCUGCCCUCAAAUUCGAAGCAGUCCUGCCUCAGCCUCCUGAAUGCUGGGAUUACAGGAGUGGCCCCCCUUACCCAGCUUGCUAAGAGUUGGUUUUUUUUAACUCACUGUGUACUUUAGGCUGGCCUCGGACUCAAGGCAAUCCUGCCUCAACCAAGUGGUGGGUGUUACAGGUGUGUGCCACCCCGCCCAGCAAGAGUCUUGAUUAUUGGUCUGCUGCCACUUCCCCCAGGAGAGAGUUGGCAGUCCUCCCUUUGCUUCUCUAAGGGUAAGGACUGUUGAGGCUCAAAUUCUGCUUGUGGUAGAGCAGAAGUUGCUGGUAGCUUGCUUACCCCAUAUCCUAGCUGACGGCGAGUGCAGCAGAUACACCAAGGCAAAAUGGGAACUUGGGCCUGCCUAGAGGUCAGCCAUGUUGCACGCUUCUAUUUUCACACCCCAGGUACAGAGGAAACUUACUUUGUGAAGUCAAAUAUUUGUUUGGGAGAUGGGGUCAGAGGUAGAGGAGGGGCUGUUCUGGGCAUCAGUUGAGCAGAUGCCCAGGAUGCCUGGGGGAGACCAGCUUCCCCUACAAAUCAGAGCUCUAAAUUACAAGGUUUUUACCAACGGGAACAGUUGGGGGAAGUCGUCUGCUCUCAUUUGCGUAAUGGUUUCUGUCACUGGUGAUUAGACACAGGAUGAAGGAAAAGAAAUUUGACAAUUAGGAAUGAGCAAUCAUUAAUCUGAAUCUGUUAGGAGAUGGGGGAAAGGAUUCUUAACGAUGGCCCAGACCAGUAUGUGGAGACAUUGCUUCUGCUCCCCAGAGACACCUGGGCAAAAUACCCUUUUAGUGUUUCCACAAGUGGGAAGAGCUUUUAUAGCCAAACAAAGACAAGUCCCCAGCCUGAGGUAGGUACAGGAACAGACGUCUUUGAGCAUGAGCCAACAAAGAUAAGAGAUGGAUGAUGUCAAAUUUACAACCCUUAGGACAAAGAAUAAUGAGAGUUUUGACAUGUGUCUGUUGUUUGGGGAAAUGUUUCUUUAAUAGUCAACACUCUUGAUCCCGCAAUUGUGCUAAGUCUUUGUCAUGUUCCAUCACUAGGGUGUGAGGGAAACCCGGUUGUCAUCAGACCCCGUGAGCUUCCAAUUGGCUGGGAAGGAAAGCAUGGCAGAGCAGGGGUGGGACUGGGACCCACCCUCUGUAUGCUGAGUACCCUGCGUGCACAAGGUCGGGGGUCAUUGAGGAGGUCGAGUAGAGAGCACCACUUGCUCUUCUAGGCUGCUCUGAGCCCUUGGCUCUCCAGGGAGGGACUAGUCUCCCCAAGCCCACCAGCAGUGAGUCUUUGUUGUUUUUUGCUUUUCUACAUCAGCACGUUAGUGACUGUGCACAGCAUUGAAGCCCUUGGCCCAGACAUGACCCAGCGCUGAGGUUAGCUGAGAGGCUGAGUCUCAAGGCAUGGAGUAUUCUGACUGGGAUCUUCCUGUGUUUCUGAGUCACUGCCUCUUUCCCGUCUCCCCCUUCAGGCUUUCCAAGGACAGUAUUAACUUGCACCAAGCGGCAUUGGUGCCUUAGUUUUGAGUCUUAUUUAUAGAAGGUUCCUUACAUCAAGGGGCUCCUCAAGAACAGGGAGGGCUUAGUGCUGGCUCUUUCAGAAUGUGAGUUUCUCAAGAAUGGGGCUGUCUCCCCUCAGUAUGUUCCCUACCUCUGGGUAUUUUACCCUCAAGAUUCUGGCACGGAAUUUAGCAAAGGCUCCAGGCAAUGACCCUUAGUGACCAGUUUUCCCGAGGUGGGCUAGAUAGUGGAAUUUACCUGGAAAUAAGUAGCUUAUGAGGUUCCUGAGGCCCUGCCCUCUGAAUGCAUGUCCUCCCCUUUGAGCCCUUUAGCUGCUAGUUCUCUGGUCCCUCCCACUUCUCUUGGUGUUCUCUCACUUCCUGCUCUAAUGGGAUGUUCAGCUUCCCUUUCUAGCACUUCGCUGAGUUUCUCAUUAGCUUUCCCCAGCCUGGGCUUUCCAGUGGUCCCUGCACCAAGGCCUUUUUGCUCAGCAGUUGCCCUUCCCUCAGAUGGACAGAUUCCCUGUAGGAGCCCCUCCCUGCCGUCACCCUUGUUCACCUUCUGUUUCUGACCUCAGGAAGCUCUGUUGUACUCCUAGUCAGUCCUGUUCUGCCUGCUCUGCUCCCUGGCCAUUCCCGUCAGACGUCUUGGAUCAGCUUGUUCGCUCUGGUGGCCCUUUUGAUUGUCCUUUAGUUUACUCCUCAUAGGCCAUGGGGUCCUGCCGAGCACAGACAAGCAGCCUCUGGGCUGGUGGGCCUAUGAUCAGUGAGUUAGAGAAGAAACCUAGAGAAUAAUAGGGAACCAGGGUCUGGGGAGUAGAAAGUUGGUCAGAAGACUACAAAUGGUGCAAGGUUUGAUGAACCAGGGUAGAAGAACUGCAAUUUAUGUUCCUAUCUGUGUGCCUUAGGGUCCGGUGAUUUAUGGUUGAAAGGCAUCUUGUGACCGUCUAAUUUCUCUCAGGUCUUUGGCUCGAUGUCCCCAAGCUUGUCUGAUCCCCUGGGUCUAUUAAGUGCCAGAAGGGAAAGCACACACUGAGUAGUCUGGUGUCAGGAGUGGAGGUUGGGAUGAGGGGGCUCUGGAGGGUGGGACAGGAGAAAGGGGCCCGGUGGUUGGCUUGUGCCAGACUGUGUUCUCCAGGAGUCUGAGUGCAAGAAACCCUAAAAUGGCCCCUUACCCCUAACAUCUGGUUUCUGGUAGUUUGGGAAAGAAGAUGUGUCCUUUAGCUCUCUAUAGAAAACAGUCUAGUGUAGGGUCUUAAAGCAUGGAUUUUAGAGGUAAAUAUCAGUCUGGAUUUCUAUCUUUGCCACUUCUAAUUGGGUUUGACCUAUGUUGAUUUACUUCACCUGUCUGAGUUUUCUCAACUAAAUGAUAUGUAGGGCUGGGGACAGUGAUGUUGAAACUACCUCAGGCUUGGGUUAAUGGAAACAGUGUGUAAAGCUCUAGCACAGUGCCUGGCAGGCACUUAAUAAAUGACUGUGGUGGGGGUGGUGGUUAUGUUUAUUAUGUGACUUGGAAACUUGGCUUCAAUGAUGUCUAAACAGAUUUCCAGUGAUUCUUUGCCUUUAGAGAACAGCACUGGGAAGAACAAGAAGAAAGGUCCGUAAGAGACAUCUAUGGAGUUGGAAGCAGACAAAAGAGUUUCGGUUCCUACACUUCGUCCAGAGGAGUGUCUGAUGCCUCUUCUACCUGGUUAGGCAGAUUCUUACUGUCGCAGCAUCCUGGCCCCUGGCAAGGAGCUAUCACUGAGUGACAGGCUGAUCCCCUUUCUUCCUCACUCCAAGAGAUCCUAGGCUCAGUUCCUGGGCAGGGCCCGGUGUGAGCUUCAGCUUCUGCUUUUGGUACCAGGCCUCACCUCUUCUCAGGGACCUCAGACUCACAAGAGCCCCAUCUCCACUGCUGUCACUGGGGAACAAUCUUUCAAAAGCCCUUUGGAAGAGACGGUAUGGCAGGGGCCAGGGGUUUAGCUCAGUGGCGCUGUGCUUGCCUGGCUUGCAAGUGCAAGGUCCUGAGUUCGAUCUCCGGUACCAGAGAAAAAAGUAUGGCAGUCAGAUCAAGCCCCUUAGUUUGCUUGUAGUCCACACUCCUUGAUCUGUUAAGUUACAAGUCUAUUUAGGUUGAUCCAGAACAGAGGGGCAUUCAGAAGAGAAUUCAGAAAAAUACGAGUGAGAUAAUUAGUAGCUACUAUCUCGUGUGUGUUUCUGUUCCAGGAGUAAUGCUAGUUCUUUCCCUGGGUGCUGUCAAUUCAGCAGGGGAGUCAGCAAGCAGGAGAGUUCAGGGUGCACCAAAGAGAAGCAUGUGACCCACCUCAGUGUUCAUGGGAGCCCUGCAGGAGGUGACAGUCUGAGUUGGGGUCUGGAAAUUGUAUAGUUGUUACUUGGAUUGGGGAGAAGCAAAAAGUUGCUCCUCUGGCUUCUCUUUCUCCUGGUCCAAAGAUAAAGACUGUUCCGUGUUUAAGGGUCCUGUGAGUUACUCCAGGGAAAGGGCCAGAUGAUAGAUCCCAAAAAGAAGUCAUUAGUCCCAGCAAUCUUUGAAAAUCAGUUUGGUUGCUAACCCACAUUUACCCUGGAGUGCAGAUAGAUCGCUCAUUUGUAGCCACUCCACUGUGCUUGGCAUUCUGGUCUCUGGACCAGACCCUGUUGGAAGAGACUGAAUCGAGUUACUCAGACUUCAGCCUGAAGCACCUUCUGCCUGGCUGGGAUUUUCAGUAGCCUUUGACCCCCGAUGUUAGAAGGUAUCUCACCUCCAGCCACCUCCCCUUGUCUCCACUCGGAGCCAAGCCUCUCUGCAGUGCCCCUGUGUAGCCCCUCUGGUGCCCCUAGUGCUGUCCCUGGGGUGAAGAAGAUGCCUUGGGCUAAGCCAUCCUUCAGCUGCAGGCCACUAGAGUCACUGUGCCCUCACCUUUGUUUCUAGACAGCUGGUUCUGGGCCUUAGGUGUCUACUGUUCGGGCCUUGCCAGUUGUGCUGUUUCACUGUGUUUGCUUAAGACCUAUUCACCUCGUCAUUACAGUCUAUCCUGUUUGGUCCUUAAUGAAAUCUGAUGUACAUCUGGCAGUUUUUAUUCUCUCUGGAAUAUAGCAUAUAGUGCAUUGUGGGUAGUGAUUGAGGAUGCUUUACACACUAGAUGUGCCAUUCUGUGUGGCCUCGAGAAAAAGACAAAACUGCUUGAAACUCAGGUUCCUGUGCAUGGGGAUAACAUUACUCUCACCUUGUUAGGGUUACAUGAAUUUAUGUGAGGUCAUAGCAAGCUGUCAUCCUUAGCUUCUGGAGGCCUCAGGCUGCCUUCUUACAGUCUGCUUUAUCCAGCUUUUUUUUUUUUUUUUGAGGCAGAGUCUCAAUAUGUAGUCCAGGCUGGCCUUAAACUCAGUAUGAAGGCCAGGCUGGCCUCCCAUCAAGCUUUUUGACAGAGGCCCUGUGUCCAAUCUCAGGACCUAUCUCGUCAACUCCUGAGCAGGGUGCAGAUACAAGCAUCAGUUCUUUGUGCUAGCAUUCCGUAGUCCUUCUCAUUGACCUUAGACUUUCAAAGCACCCUGUCACCACUGUCAUUGAUAGAUGGUCUCCCCAAAUUCUUUUAAUAUGAAAAAUACUUCACACUGCAAACAAAAGACAUCAGGACUUGCCCCCAAGGGGAUAAGAGAAGAGGUCUCAGAAGAGGCACUGAUUUGUGCAGUCAGGGAGUGGUAGAGGGCAGGCAGGGGAUCCUGGGCUGUGUGCAGCAUGUGUAGUGGACAGGGACGCGGGAGAAGAUGGGCACAGGCUGCCCUGCUGGUCUAGAGGCAGACGACCGUAGGGUUGAAAAGGCCACCUCCUUCCACUUUUGUGUCGCACUCUUCUGGGGGUUGGGGUUGAGACACGGUCUCAUCAUCAGGCUGACCUUGAACUUACCAUGUAGCCCAGGCGGGCCUCAGCCUCCCGGCUGCUGAGGUUACUGAGGUUCCAAGCAUGUGCUGCCGUGCCCAGCUGAGCUUGCACUCUUGGCCGUGUUACUUGAGCAAAGCCCCAGCAACUCUAGUGGGCAAGGCUGUGUUCUCAUGAGGACUUGUGUGAUGCAUUGCCCAGAAUGGAGCUUGGAGGUGGUUCUGAGGCUUGAGUUCUCCCUUGCCACUCCUAACUCUGCAGCCCUAGGUAACCACCUGCAGGGCCCUCAGCCUCUGCCCCUGUGGGAAGUAGGAAGUCCUGUGUGUCCUGCAGCAUUGUUAGGAGGUUUUCUGAGAACGUUUCUGAAACCCCAGCUCAGAGUUGGUGUUCAGGACACAGGGUUAGUACGAAUAUUGCCUAAGAACAGUGUUUUAUACUGGUAGCAGGGCUUUUCUGACUCUACUCUGAGUCAAGCUACCAUGGAAUAACAGAAAAGGUGAGUAUGGGUAGGGGAAGCAAAAUGGAAAGAAAAGGGUGGAAGGGACUGCAAGUCCACGAAGGGCAGAGUUAGGAAUAAAGAUGGUUUUGCUGCAGCAGGAUCUCGAAGAAUAAGAAGAAAGACCUAGACUCUGGGUUGCUGUCUCUUCCUCAGAACAGAGGAAAUGAAGCAGGAGGGUAAAUGCAGAACAUAGCUGCCGAGUAGAAAGAACACGGUGAGUGCCAGGGAACCUAAGUGUGGAAUGUACUUCUCGAGGACUGUGUGACUUAGGCAUGUUAGUCUUGCUGUGUCACAGUCCCCUCCUGUUUGUAUGUGUAUAUGGUUUUUGGUUUUGUUUUUUGAGACUGGGUCUUGCUGUGUAAGUCAGGCUGGUCUUGAACUCACUAUGUAGCCCAGGCUGGUCUCAAACUUACGGAAAUCCUCUUGCCUUAGCCUCGCAAGUGCUGAGAUUAUAGGUGUGCUUCACCAUGCCUAGCUGUCCUCAUCAUUAAUGUUGGUUAGUAAUACUCCUCCCUUCCCGGGUUGGUGGGACAAUAUAUGUGAAAGUGCUGCAUUAACUAAGCAUUGAAUACAUGUCAGUGGUUGGGUGUUACUGGGAGAACUUUUCCAGAGGUGGGUACAGAAGUUCCAAAGUUUCCAUGCAAGAGCCUCCUUGGUCCUAGAAAUCACUGAAGCAGCAUUUUCCUUAAAACACUCACUGUGCCAAAAUUUGACUAGUAAGGAUGUUGAUGUAGGAAGGAAAAGCAGUAUGGCGAGCAAGAGUAGCUUUCAAAGUUAUAUGGACUAGUCUGUCUUCCCCCACCCCGCCCCCAGUUAACUACUCUUAGUGACAUAAAUCCUGGGUGUAUUUGUGAUGGGAUUAAGACAGUGUAGGUCCUGCCAUGGGUUAGUGGGGUCAAGCCUACCUCCACUUGUUGAGGGCUCCACAAGUGCAUGUUGUUUCUGUGCUUGAUACUCAGUUUCAGGGCUGGUUGUGGCCUCAUGGCUGGACAAAGAUCAGCAAAUUCCUUUGCUUUGGUUGAGACAUUGAAGAUAAUGUUAGGCUACCAACUCCUGUUUCAGUGACCUGACACAGCAACUUACAUCCUUAAGCAUGGAAAUAAUCUCUGGCUAGCCUAUGUAUUGGUCAUGAACUAAUCCAGUCUUGGGUCAUGAGUUGGAGCAAAAUAUUCUGAGAUAUAGUGAACAGUGACUUCUUCCAGCUGCUCAGGAGUCAUUUCUGCACUUGGUUCUGUAUGUGUCUCGGUGCUCUCAGCAGUGCUCUGGUGAGUUCAGCACCAGCAACACGGCUUCUUCACUGUCUGCAUUGAUGUUUUGUAGAUCUCAUGGGUCAUGGUAUAUGCCCGUGUUGGAUGAACAGUCUUAGCCUUGCAAGGCUGUGUGUCAACAACUAGAGCACCUUGAGCUUGAUGGGUUGGUGGAGGUGUAGGCCCAGAUGGUCAGGGCAUUUUGGGUGAUGUGGUAGGGUCUCCAGGCUGGGCUGACUUCAUGUGAUCAGAAUAUUGGAGAAUGUUAUUUUUUGGACUCACUGGUAUGAGGACUCAGCAGUGGACUCAAGAGCUGUAGCACCCAGAGAAGUGCAGUGGUAUCGCCUGACUUAGGCUGUGACUGGAGUGUUGCCUUAAUGUCCUUUGUGACUUGAUAGAUGUCCUCAAUCGCUGCCUCGUCUUCCCAGCUCAUCAUCAUCUUCAGAGAGACUGUCCUCUGUUUCCUGCUCAGGUAGAUUUGAAAGUGAGUCCUUGGUUGGUUGGUAGUCUCUAAAGGAGAGUAUUUCUGUGCAUUGGCAACCUUACAAAGAUGUGACAGCUUUGCUGGUACUAAAUCUUGGCUUCAACUUGAGCACCUUGAGGAAUGGAAACACAUUUUCACCGUGAUACUCAGUAACCUCCUGCUCAGUUACACACACGAGGCCAGUCUCGGCUGACUCCUGGCAGAAUAGCAGAUCCAGACACUUUCAUCAGUUAAGCCUUUCAUGAUAAGAUAUGGAGUCAUCUCAGAAUAUGUUGGAAAAGCUUGAAUCAGCUGAUGAAGACCUGCCCAGUGGCUCCAAGGAAUGAGUGGACUUUCAGAUCACAGCUCCGUAUAGAAAGCCAUGUCACUGCCUCCUUGAAGUCCAGAUCUUUACCAAGGUCAGUCGCAGGAGCCAGUGUUGCAGGUUUGACUGCAGUGAAUCGUGCGAUAACCCUUUUUUGUCACUGUGCCAUUGAACUUCAAGAAAGUUUUCGUACAAGAUAGGAGACCAGAGUAAAUGUUAACUUACUGACCUUGUGCUUGGCUUCAGACAUGACUCAUACACCUGCUUUCCAUGGCAUCAUAGUAUCUGCCUCUGUGGGGACACCUCAUUGUGGUUGUAGCUUUUGAACUCAGGUACUAUCUUGUGUAUUCCAGGAAACAUUGCUGUCAACAUGUUGAGGCUCACGGUGGUUCUGCCUCAUGUCAAGCUUUUGGCUGUUGGCAUCUUGAGGAAGGUAAAGCCUGCUGCUUUGAAGGCAGACUAUGGUGGUAGAAGCACAGUGUCCCCUUCGGUUUGUCCUAUCUCUAAAGACAACAGCACUAUAGAAGUGCUUGUUCUUGUUCCCUGAACUAGGUUUGAAUCUUGGUUUCACCUUUCCCUGACAAUGAGACUGUUAGAUUCCUACUUACAGUCUCAGGUCGGAUUUCCUGACAGGUGGAAUCACAGGGCCAUUGGAUAUGGAAAGGACAGCUCAGUGAAAGUUAACUCAGUGCCCAAUACCCACUAAGUGCUUGGUAAAUGUUAGUUCCCUUUCUUCCAAGUCUUUCUCCUUAGGAAGCAUCCAAUUCACCCAGCAUGAAAAAGAGGACUCAGGUGUCUGCCUCAGUGUGAACAAUGCCAAGUUUCCCUUCUUUUCCAGGGGGACAUCAGUGGAGGCAGGACUCUACAGUAUGGGACACGGAAUGUGGUCCUCUGUCCAUCUAAUCGUGAGUGUGGGGCUGAGGUGGAGCAGUAGUCUCAAGUAUUGUAGGGAAAUGUCAGACUAGAACAGGGCACUAAAUUAAGGUCCACAUCACCUUAGGAACAGUGACCACAGGCCAGGGUUGUAAAAACUCCUACAUUCAGUCAAGUAUCAUCUUAAAACAUCAAAGUGGUGGUCCUCUUAGAAAGAAAGGAAAAACGGGAAAAAAGUGUUAAUUAUUUUCAGAGCCAAGGAAAUAUACCACCCAGUCCAGGUUAUGACACAUUGAAUGGGGUUCUAGACGUGUGUGACGAAGUACAGUUAGGUGCUGGAGAACAUCAGCUCAGGAUACAAGAUGACAAACCACCUCCUCAUGUAACAGAAGCCCUGCGGUAGGGCUUUGAAGGCCAUCAAUAGGGGUUGCUGGGUCCCUUUUAGAAUCCAGUCAGUGGCCUAACCAGUGUUUCUGGUUGCUUUUUAACCUCAGCCACCUGAGAAGGUAACCCAAAGUAGAUAGGGUUACAUCAGUUAUUUUCUUGAUAAGCAUCUUUUAAUUAUGGAGACCUUAGAACAAAGGAUAGCCAUGUUUAGGAACAUCAAACCCAUACCAUUAGUGUUUGCUUUAAGGAAUCUAUGCAAUUUGUAUUUUAAGUCCUUGACAUAUGGAAGAUAAUUUGUUAGAGUGACAGGUUUGCUUUGUAAUGGCAAUUAAAAAGUGUUGGAUAUUUAUACUUGAA